AAUUUUCUUUUUGUCUAUGGUCACUUUCGUUUUGGAGUUCCUUUCUCGUUGAUAAUUUUGUUCAUUGUUUUUGUUUUUUCCUGGGAACAGAACGAUUCUAGGUGUUCUUCGCCUCAGCGUAUUUAGGCCAGUUAGUCUAAAUUAUAGAGUAUUUUCUCGGCAGUUUUUAAUUAUUAAUAUCAUCGAAAUGUUUUUGAAUUUACUUUACCCAGUGAACAGGAGUUAAUACCAAAAUUGGUUAGAGGAACUCAUUAUUUGUCACGCCAAAAAAUAUAAAAUUGAACAUCCGGGCAUUCCUGCUUGGUAACCACAGUCAACAAUCGGACUUCAAUAUCGGCGCUAGUUGUUGCUCAAAUAGAAUCUAGCGUCGGAUUGCGCUCCUAGGCGCGGACAUGGCCUCGCACGACGCCGAGGACGACCUGCCGUCCUGCCGCCAGCAGGCCCUGGAGGAGCUGCUGUGCGACACGCAGCGCCUCAUCGAGGACCAGAUGGGUCGCUGCGGCCUGCUGGUCGCCGUCAUCUCGCAGGCGGUGCAGGACAAGGGCGCGCUGUACGAGUGGGUGGCGGGCUGCGUGGAGAGCCUCAGCGUGUUCGCGGAGCGGGUGUCGCGCGACGUGGCCGCCGGUCCGCCCGGGUACCGCCUGCUGGUGGCCGAGCUGGUGCGCCUGUACGACGACUCGUGCCGCGACGUGGAGCGCCUGUGCGCCUCGGCCGACCGCGCCGCCGUCGCGCGCAAGGUGUUCCUGCGCUCGUGCGCGCUGGGCGGCCUGGCCGUGGUGUGCUCGCUGUACCGCCAGAUCCUGGGCGAGGACCCGGUGGUGCCGCGCGACCUGUCGGUGGCGUGCGGCGCGACGGCGCGCAUGCAGAUGGCCAUCCGCGACCACGUCAACCAGCAGAAGGCCAAGGUGGCGGAGCUGGAGACGGCGCUGAUGUGCCGCAACACGAAGAUGACGCAGAUCCGCGACGCGGUGCGCGUCCUCAUGGCGGACAUGUGCAACCUGAAGCGCGAGCUGGCGCAGCAGCCCGUGCUGCAGGUGGACACGUCGGACCGCCAGGCGCUGCUGGAGGAGGUGCAGCGCGAGAAGAAGCUGGUCUGCGAGCUGGAGGCCAUGCUGUGCCGCCGCUGCCCUCUGGAGGUGCGCAAGCUGCGCGCCCCGGAGUGAGCGCGGCGCCGUCUCCCCUCCGGACCCGCAGAUCUUUGUUCUAUUGUUUGAAUACACGAUAAAGAUUUGCAACGCGUGUUUAUUUUAAAAAAAAAAAAAGAAAAAAAAAAAA